UUAAAUACCGCAGCAGCCUCGAGCGCAGCAGGAAAAAAAUGAAACACGAGCGUUAAAAGAGCAGCGGGAUGUUGUGACAAUGUUAGACCUGAGGAACCUCAGGUAACCCAUUUGAACGCCCCACAUUUGGACAGAAAAGACCCCGGAAGCAUCAGCGAGGUCUGUCAAUAAUUUCUAGACCAUGAACUAUGUGGGUCAGCUGGCGGGCCAGGUGUUCGUGCAGGUCAAGGAGCUGUACAGAGGCCUCAACCCCGCCACGCUCUCCGGCUGCAUCGACGUGAUCGUGGUACGCCAGCCCAAUGGCUCCUUGCACUGCUCGCCCUUCCACGUGCGCUUCGGCAAAAUGGGUGUCCUCCGCUCACGGGAGAAAGUGGUGGACAUUGAGAUCAAUGGAGAACCAGUGAGUUUGCACAUGAAGUUGGGAGAGAAUGGAGAAGCCUUCUUUGUUAAAGAAGCUGAGAACACACUGGAAUUGGUCCCAGCCCACUUGGCGACGUCACCCAUCAUGUCGACAGGUCAGGAGCUGAUGGACUCCCACUUGAACAGGAGCAGCUCACGUCACCAUGACAACGUAAUAGGCAGUUCGCUUCCUGUCCAAAACAUCGGGCCACAGCAAGGCGACGGAGGGGCGAACAAGAAGAGGAGGAAAAGAAGGAGGAAGGCUCGGCCAGACGGUGGCGGAGGACGGAGGGAUGAAAGCGGGGAGGAGUUUUCGGACGACGACAAUAUGUUUACGAUCGACUUGAGUUCCGAUGAGGAGAGAGAAGGAGAUAGUGUACGAACUCUAUACGGUGAUCAAGGAUCGGCAGCCAACUCAGAAUGGGCACAUCCACAGAGUCAUGUGAUUAAGGAGACUCUCUCCAUCCCUCCGUCCUGCGGUCUGUCUAUCUCCUGCCCUCAACAGACUUCUCACUUCUCCUCACACCUUAGCAACCCGGACGACUCUCUGUCUUCGACGCCGAAGAGCGAUUCUGAGCUGGCCAAUCGGGGUAAAGACAACCCUGAGAUGCUUUGGAGUUGGGGUGAGCUGCCAAAAGCGGCUCAGCCAUCCUUCCUGACUUCCCAUCAGAAGCAGGACAGUUCCACCUCAGUCUCCAUCCCAGUGUCUUCCAGCAAUCAAUUCAGAAGCAUCAAUGAAGCCGAACCCCCUUCCCAGCCUCUGUACACGUCUCAGCAAGGGGAGAGUCAUGCCAAUGCGGGUGUGUCCUGUACAGAGAUGGAAAAUUUAACCACAUGUCCAGUAGUUCCCAGCAUCCUCCAUGAUCACCUGGAGGAAGACAAGAACAGAGGGAGUCCCAUCAGAAGAACAGAUUCACCUUCCAAGAGGAAAGAGAAAAGAAGCCAGCAUCUUGGUGCAGAUGGGGUGUACUUGGAUGAUAUUACAGAGCUGGAGCCUGAGGUUGCUGCUUUAUAUUUUCCUAAAAGUGAAGGAGCCGGCAGCUCGAUGAAGGUAGAUUCGGAAAUGAGUGUUCGGAGUGGAAAUCAGUCCCCGCAGUCCGUGGGCAGCUGUGGGAUGGACAGCGGAGUGGACAGUCUUUUGGACCACAUAGGGGACCUUCCUCACGUCGCCAUUUCACUUUGCGGCGGACUCUCCGACAACAAGGAGAUCACACAAGAACACUUCAUGGAGAGGGCCGUUUCCUACCAGCAGUUCUCUGAAAACCCCUCGCUUAUCGAUGACCCCAACCUGGUGGUGAAGAUUGGUAACAAGUUCUACAAUUGGAGUACGGCGGCUCCGGUUAUGUUGGCCAUGCAAGUCUACCAGAAGCCACUGCCACAGUUUUGGUGUUUAAGUUAUUUCUUUUCUGCUUUUGGCCUCUUCUCGUAUUGCCUUCCUGGUCUUUUUGGCCCUAGACAACCUGAGCCUGCCUCCGUGGAGAACAUAAUGAAGGACAAGAUGCCCAAAAAGGGAGGGCGCUGGUGGUUUUCCUGGAGGAGCAGGAACAGUGACUCUAAAUCGGAACCUGUGUCAGAAGCUGCAGGGGACCGAGGAGAUAUUACAAUGGAGACAGCUACCAGAAUGAAAGAUGAGUCGUCCUCCAGCGACGAAGACCACAGACCCCAGACCUGCCAGUCCGACACACUCCUUGGUUCUGGCAACAUUUGUUACAAGAAGACUCUUCGACUCACUUCAGAGCAGCUGGUCAGCCUGCAGCUGAAAGAGGGUCCGAAUGAGGUGGUGUUCAGCGUGACAACACAAUAUCAAGGAACGUGUCGCUGCCAUGGCACUAUUUACUUAUGGAACUGGGACGACAAGCUGGUCAUUUCUGACAUUGACGGAACCAUCACUAGGUCAGACACACUGGGGCACAUCCUGCCCACUCUGGGGAAAGACUGGACCCACCAGGGGAUCGCAAGGCUCUACCACAAAGUCAGCCAAAACGGAUAUAAAUUUAUGUACUGCUCGGCGAGGGCCAUCGGUAUGGCAGACAUGACUCGAGGUUACCUGCACUGGGUCAACGAGAGGGGGACAAUGCUGCCGAUGGGCCCGGUGAUGCUCAGUCCCAGCAGUCUGUUUUCUGCAUUGCACAGGGAAGUGAUUGAGAAGAAGCCUGAGAAGUUCAAGAUCGAGUGUCUGACAGACAUCAAGCAACUAUUCUUCCCCAAUACGGAACCUUUCUAUGCAGCUUUUGGCAACAGAGCUACAGUGAGAUCACACGCCAUAAAACACAUGUUUGAAGCACUUCCAUUGAUUAAACAUUUAUGUGCCCGAUUCCAGGAUGUGUAUUCCUACAAGGAGGUGGGUGUGCCUCUCAACAGGAUCUUCACCGUAAAUCCAAAGGGGGAGCUAAUACAAGAACAUGCUAAAACCAACAUCUCCUCGUAUGGGCGCCUGUGCGAGAUGGUGGACCAUGUCUUUCCGGUCCUACUCCAAAAAGAUGGAAGCGACUUUCCACCUUCGGACACUUUUGACCAGCGUGAUUACUGGAGCGAGCAGCAUUCUGACGAAUGCAACCAGGACAAAGAAGAUGCGGACUCACCACUUCUGGAAAGCAGCUAAACACUCAAAAAUACAUCAAGUUCCACCAAACUCCAGAAUGUGAUUAACUAAUUGUGGGAGAGUGACAGCGAAUAAACGUUUAUUCACUGCCACCCUCCCACUUCAAAUGGAUUGGACAUCUACUAAUAAAAAAGAGUAGAAAGAAUUAACACAGUCUUGUUACUGGACACACACGACUGUAAAGGAAGAAGUAAAAAAUCAGGAAACCUCAAAAGCAGCAUGACUUGGACAAACAAUGGAGAAGGACUCAUAAGGACAUGUUUACUGACUCGCAUACACAAACAGCACAGCUAUAGUUUGUUUUUUAAAAAAAAAAAAAAAAUGGUCACGUGACCGUGCUACUGUGAAAAUGUGACCGUUAUAUACACGUAGAACAAUGCAAAUGGCGACACGGACUACAAUAAUGUAGUUGUUGUCAUGGUUAUUAUCAAUGCAACUUUUUAUAGCAGGACUAACUCACUGCUAUGUGGAAUAGUAUUUUGUUUUUGUAUGUGUUGCAGCUAUGUUGGGACGCAUGCAUGUCCACUCACACCUCACUGGAAAAGCCACUGUACAUAGGAAGUAAUGUUCUGUACAUAUAUCAUGAUGCUAAUGAUUGGUGCUCACUAAAAGCAAUAGAAUUGCUGUCAAAUAGUUUGAGAGGAUUUUGUUUUAAGUGAUGUAGCAAAUUAUAUGCAGCAAAUUAGCACAAAGUUGAGUGUAAUGCAAAUUGAAUGUUUCCGAAUGCACUCAAUGGACUGAAUCACCUUACAGAAGCGUAUUGCUGCCACACCAAAAAGAAAAGAUCUGUUAUCGUGUUUUUACAUGGUAAUAUCAUGUAAAAACAUCUUGUAUCGCGGUUUUAUAUGAUACAAUCAUGUUUUAGGCAUGUGUUCUCGUUAUUACAUCAAUACCAGGUUAUUACAUGAUAACUAUCAUAUUUUUACAUGAUAGUUAUCACGUUUUUACAUCCUAAACUAACUAAGCGUAAUACUAGACUACUUUUUUGGGGGUGUGGCAGAAUACACUUCCAUACUCACUUACAGCAAUAUGUUCGUGUGUUUAUAUUAUAGUUAAGUUCAUAAUUACAAUGAUUAAUCAAUAUUUGUACUCUGAUACCGUUUGUAUGUGUGCUAGUUUUAUUUGAAAAGCACCAUGACUGACUGGUCACCUUAUUUCUGGUUGAAAGUGAAAUAUUAUGAACAAAUGCGUGUGUAUGCAAUUAUGGAGUAAUAUUUAUAACACAAUGCAAACCACUUCGCAAGAUUUUUAGUGAGCAUUUUUAUGACGAUUUUAUUCUUUCUGUGAAAGAUUUAAUAAAGUUAUUGACAAGU